CCAGGACUGCAAGAAUUCAGGCAUGAGGACACUGUGCAGCAGGCUCACACAGGCAGACCCAAGAUGGACAGAACCUUGGAAUCCCUGAGACACAUCAUUGCCCAAGUCUUGCCUCACAGAGACCCGGCUCUAGUCUUCAAAGACUUGAAUGUUGUGUCAAUGUUACAGGAAUUUUGGGAAAGCAAGCAGCAGCAGAGGGCUGCAUUCCCAAGUGAAGGCGUGGUGGUCUAUGAGUCCUUGCCUUCUCCAGGACCGCCCUUUGUGAGUUAUGUGACCCUCCCAGGGGGAAGCUGUUUUGGCAACUUUCAGUGCUGUCUAAGUAGAGCUGAGGCCAGACGGGAUGCUGCUAAAGUGGCCCUCAUCAACUCCCUCUUCAAUGAGCUGCCCUCUCGAAGGAUCACUAAGGAAUUCAUUAUGGAGAGUGUGCAGGAGGCAGUCGCCUCCACCAGUGGCACUUUGGAUGAUGCAGAUGACCCCAGCACCAGCAUUGGAGCCUACCACUACAUGCUGGAGUCAAACAUGGGGAAGACCAUGCUGGAAUUUCAGGAGCUGAUGACCAUUUUCCAACUAUUGCACUGGAAUGGAAGCCUAAAAGCCCUUCGUGAAACAAAGUGUUCCCGACAGGAAGUGAUCUCCUACUAUUCCCAGUAUUCCCUAGAUGAAAAGAUGCGCAGCCACAUGGCCCUGGACUGGAUCAUGAAAGAAAAGGAAUCACCUGGAAUUCUCUCUCAAGAGCUCCGGAUGGCCCUGAGGGAGCUGGAGGAAGCCAGGAAAGCAGGACAAGAACUGCGAUUUUACAAAGAAAAGAAAGAAAUCCUGAGUUUAGCCCUGACUCAGAUCUACAGUGAUCCUGACACCUCCUCACCCAGUGCCGAUCAGCUAAGCCUAACGGCUCUUUGUGGCUACCACUAGAAAGGCCAGGUCCCAGCUGCCAUGACGUUGGCAGCAGCCGGACUCUAAUGUUAGGAAGCUCAGUGAAGGAAGUCGCCGGAGGCUUUAGCACCUACACAAUUCUUCCCACCCGUUUCAUUUACAGAAUAUGAGAGUAGUAGGGCCCUUAUAGGGCCCGACAAUUU